ACUUGGGUGUAAUCAACAUUUAAUAACAAUAAUUGAUUUACUCUUCGUACUAUGGUCAUAGAUAUUUGUUUACCCUCGUUCCACUUUCUGCAUUCUGCACACUGGUUUGUUUUGUUUUGUAUAGAUAUCAUCGUCCUUGGAUAUCAACAAGGAACAGCUGAAUGUUGAAGCUGACAGUUGCAUUUAUAAAUCGCCUUAUAGUAACAAGACUAAAUGCAAACAUUUCCAGAUAUAAAUUUGACAGAUUGUAAGUGGUAAAACAAAUUGUGAUAUAAUGGGACAAGGUAAAAGUCAGUUCAGUGAAGAAGAACUUCAGGAUUACCAGGAUCUGACGUACUUCACCAAAAAAGAAGUUCUCUAUGCUCACCAGAAGUUCAAGAUGCUGGCGCCGGAGAAAGUGGGCCACAACAAGAACGUGAAGCUGCCCAUGACGAAGAUCCUGCAGUACCCCGAGCUGCGGGUGAACCCGUUCGGGGACCGCAUCUGCCGGGUGUUCAGCUCGAGCCACGACGGAGACUGCACCUUCGAGGACUUCCUGGACAUGAUGAGCGUGUUCAGCGACGGAGCCCCCAGGGCCGUGAAGGCCGAGCACGCCUUCAGGAUAUUCGACUUUGACGGGGACGACAUGCUGGGGGUGGCGGACCUGCGGCAAGUGGCGGACCGCCUGACGGGGCCCCAGCGCCUCGGGGAGCAGGACGCCCAGCGCCUCGUGCAACACAUCCUGGACGAGGCGGACCUGGACGACGACGGAGCCCUCUCCUUCGCAGAGUUCGAGCACGUCGUGUCCAAGUCGUCCGACUUCGCCAGUGCAUUUAGAAUACGACUCUGAUGUGAUUGGCGCCAACUGUGCAAGAUUGAUCUUACUCCAGUGGCUCUUGACGGGGCCAUGAUAUAAUACUCAGUUCGAUAUUUACACAUGGAGUUUUCUCUGUACCAAAGAUAAAAUUACUUUUUAUAUUUUAUGCCUUUUAAUGUGUUAAUUAGUACACCAAUCUCUCACUUAGCACGACUAAUGCAUUCCUAUAAAUGUUUGUAUUAUCCGAAAUCACAUAUUCUGAAGCAUUCGUUUUCAUAAAUAGCAAGACUAAUUUACUUAAUUUGUUUCAAAAUGUAUAGGGAAAUAUUCUUUACAUAAUAUAAAUGCGUAGAAUAACACUCAACGAUAAAUGUGUCACACCAUUUAUUUUUAUAAGCCUACCAUUGAAUACUUUGUAUGACAAUAUACCGUGUAACGGGAGAUAGUUAUAGUCAGUCGGAUGGUUGACUUGCCCGCCCGAGCAACUCAACUCAUAUCGCGCACCUUUCAAACUAUCCUUUACUGGCAGUGAAACCAUUAUUACUGUACUAUCUGGAUAUUUACAUUUUCAUUUUUCAAAUGUUAAAGUGCUCCUUCGUGUAUCACCGCUUGGUUCACAAUCCUGUCAGGCCCGUGAUUUUUUCCAUUGCAUCAUUCAUUUAACAACCUUUUCCAUGUGAAUCAUCUGAUCAUUUCUGUUCCGGUAUCUAAUGUAAAAUAUCUUGCUAGUACAACCAACAGCAUCCGAUUUAUAUAAACAUUUGAUAAGAGUCCUUAUUUUGUACGAUUGUGCGCACAAUUGACUUGCUUACCAACGUAAGUGUGGCCUUCAUGACAUUCUGCAUGCCGUAAUACUUCUAGUUUUGUCUCAAAUACUUGAAGACGAUGCAUUACGCUCUCACUUGAAAACCAUGGUUUCACUUGAUUCCAACUGCAGGUGCUUGCGCACGCACAGUUACAGACAGACGAAUGGGCAGACAUUGCUUCUGUUUGUGAGAGUUCCCUGCUACUGGCUAGACUGAAGUUCAUCACAGCCCGGUCUUUCAAUUGGACUACAACAGUACGGCAUGGCAGAAUACGUGCAGACGUAAAAACAUUUGGUCCUCUUUUCCCUCUUCUCCCUUUAUAUGGCUAACUGUAUGCCAUGCACAUCUGUUGUUUUCAGAGUUGAAGCAUACAGUAGAAUCUCGUUAUAAAGUACAUCAAUAAAGCCUCAACUUUUAUACUUAGUAAUGAAAGUACUUUAUUCUGAAAGUUACCUUUAAAACGUAGUAUUUUUGAAUUUUUAAAAAUAAAGUAGUAGGGGAUCAAAUGUUACAUUAGAUUGGAAGCAAAUAUUUGUAAAACAACAAGAAUUUAAAAAAAAAUUACUGAACUUAAUACAGUAGCCUAAAUUCUAGGUCUACAUAUACAAAAUUUAUAUCUGUCAAACACAAAAUCACAAAUGGGCUAAACUAUCUUGCAGAUAUGUACAUUUAUUGGGAUAGAAUUCCUUCGCCAUCUCCUAGGCGAAGUCUCUUGCGACCAGCAGAUAAAGAUGACUGUUCAUACUGUUUAAUAAUUUUUUCACGAUCUAUUAUUAUUGUUGACAGUGUAGUGGGCACCAAACCAAACGACCGUGCCACAUCUGCAUUUUUCCUGCCUUUGUCAACUUCUUUUAGACUUUCCACCAUUUAUCUUCAAAGUAAACUGCUUGCGUUUCUUUUUAUCUUUUUGGCCAUCCAUCCUGAUUAAAAUAUUUAAUCAACAAUAUUGUUUUCCUCGUGCCACGUCAAACGUAAACAAACCUCUCAUCCAUAGAUAACCAUACUCCGCACUAGUAGCGCGCGUCGAGAACAUGGCUGUGCCAGUCAACAUUCCGACCUUCAUGGCAAAACAAUUAAAGCGUGUCGGCCAUGUUGUGGCACCAAACAGUUCAAAAAUUAACCUGCAUAAAUUAACAUUAUUGGAUUUUCUAUUUUGUAUAUAAUUUAAAAUAUAAUUUUUAUUUAACGUUUGUAUCUGUGGUAAUUGAAACUUUUAAAACGUGCUCUAUAAAUAACCAAAAGAUGGCACAGAUAAAAACAAUUGUCUUGAAGAGGUGCGAGACAGCAAUCGAUUGUUUAGAUCGUCUCGUGCACCAAGUGUGUGAUCCAUGGAGGACGAUGAAUGGCGUGUUAUACUGUACUAUGAUUCUAUGAAUCGUUGAUACAAUGUUUGUUUACGUUUUAUACUUGUUAACGAUUCUUGAAAGUGAUAAAAAUUAAUCGUAAUGUACAUUUAUAUUAAAGAACCCCCUGCGCAAAAUCAGUAACUAUUAUGUAAAAUUUUCCUGAUAACUGGAAAAGAAUGGUCAUUGUAUUGAAAGGUAGGAUACGUUUUUAACGUUAAAGUGAAAUAUUUUUACAUUGUUUACAUUGGUGUUUUGAGCGGGAAUUUAAAAUCAUACGUUAAACUGAAAGAUACGUUAUUCUGAAGUACGUUGUAACGGAAUUUCACUGUACUUCAUGGCUUUAUGACCAACUUUUUUUUUGUCUGUGGCAAUCUGAAAUUUACUUACGUGCUAUCCCAGACUGGUGUAGUAAAAUUAACAUCAUGCUAAAUGAAUUCGUGCAAUCUGAAGAUGUGCUCUGUGAGGGAUUGGUGUAAUGCAAUUGCGAAUUGCUGUAAGUAAAUGUGUUGGCUCUAACACUGUCCACUGUUUAAUUGAUAUCGAAGAGACAUUAGUUUUAAGGCAAAGUAUUAAAAGUUUAUUUAGUUACAUAAUUUAUUGAGUUAGGUCAAAACAACAAUCUGAAUCUGAUUAAGCUUCCUGUGGGAGCAACUAUUUGCACAAUGCUAUUUAACUUUUCCUUUGAUCUGCCUUCACAAGCAAUUCCCAGGUUAAGUACUACAGUAGAACCCCGAUUAUACGCGACUCGAUCAUCCGAUUCGCGGAUUAACCGCGAUUUAUGUCCAUCAAGUCCAAUUUUUUAGUUACAUAUAACCAAUGAUUCAAAAUGUAUGUAAAUGUUAAAAUACUUUGCAAAAUGUAUGUUGGUCAAAGUACUUUGACUCAGUUAUGUUUAUAUACACAGAAAGUUUAAAAAAAAAUACUAGUACAUACACACGUAUGUACAUAAUAUUUUUGUGUUCCAUGUUACGUGAAUAGAUUAUACACUGGUGCGCGAUUCCACGUCCGCAUGACCGGACUGUACACUCCCGCGCGCAGCACGGCGCCGUGCCACAGAGAUUACCCGGCGCAUGGACACAGUCCAUUCCAUUAGUGUACGUUGUUGAAGCGUCAAGGUGGUGAUAAUUUUAUGUAUUGUAACAGUGAUUGAUCUGCAUUCCGACGGAUUAUACCGUUGUGUUGUGCGGAAGUGUUGAGCGCAACAUUUCAUCAUGUCAUCAAAUGAACAGAAAAGAAAGCGAGUGGUACUGUCCAUCGACAGCAAAACAAAAAUUAUAGAAAGAUUUCAGAGUGGAGAAACGAUUGCAAACUUGCGACUGAGUUUAAUGUCGGUAACACAACAGUGCGCGACAUCAUAAAAAAUCGCGAAAAAAUCCUUCAGUUUGCUUCACAGGCUGACACUUCAAGUGGAUUAAAUAAACGCAAGACGAUGAACGAAUCCACAUUUAGCAGCUUGGACACUUGUUUGUUUGAAUGGUUUCAACAGAAAAGGUCGGAGGGUGUAGCAUUAAGUGGCGUAAUUUUAUCACAGCAGACGUAAUUUUUUUAAAAAAACUAGGCUUGACAGAAGAACCAUUUUCCUGUUAUAUUACUUCUCCGUUAUGUUAUGAGCACCAACUGUACGGAAGUGUGUGUGUUGCAACUAGUGCUUGGCACGCAAGAUAAAUUCAGCCUAUCACUUGCUGACGCGGCAAAGUGAUACGACGGUGUUUGUUUAUUUCAAAACUCAGCUAAGAGUGAACGGAGAAUAGAUAUAACGACCCCUCACGGUUCCCGAGAUUAGGGUCGUUAUAGAGAGGUGGUCGUUAUAAGAUUUCCGACCCAUCUGCAACACUAAGUCAUAAUAGGCCGUUUUUGCACUAAUUCCACGUUCAGCAAACUAAAAAUAAAAAAUCUAACAUUUUAAAUUCAUAUAAAUGAAGGGGGAUAAAAACACCGUGAAUUAUACGAGACAGAGACACCGUUUCAAAACCAUCAAAUCAAGUCUCAAUGCACUGGUAUGAAAAAUCUUAUCUCGAAAAGAAUUUUGAAGGCAGUCGUUCUGUAAAACAAUAACCAGCCCGAUGGUGUUACUGACAACAGAGCAAUGAGCUAAGUGUGGCAGCGUCGCUUACGGGCGAUGAAAAGAAUGCGUGACCUUGGCAGCUAUCAACUGUCUUGGGCCCUCGGACUGGCGGGCGGCUAGUCACACACCUCGGUGCAACAACGACUCGCGUGUCCACGUCUCCACACACGAAAGACUUAAAAACCACUGCUGCCCAGCACUAAGCAGUCCGCUUCUAUGUCAACAACGCACACGCACACAAAGCAUGUGUAUAUAUGUAAUCUCCGAAUGUCCACAGAUGGCUGUCUGUGGGCUAAUGACCUUUGAGGCAAGCAUGACUCGGUUAACCGCGAUUUUCGAUUAUCCGACUCACUCGUCCCCUUCAUUAACACGGAUAAUCGGGGUUCUACUGUAUAAAUUUGAAUUAAGGAAAAUAAAACUGUGCCAAAUUACAAUGCUGGCAAAAUUUGUUUAUUAACUUCUCAUUACUUUAUAAAAGUAAGAACACUUUAAGAACAGGACACUUCUUAAUCUUCUUCCCCAGUUCAUCAGUUGUGUACUUCACUAGGAUUGCAGGUAACCUCUGAAACACACCCAAUAAGCUAACACUCAAAGCUUACUACAACUGUCACAAUUCCUAGUAACUAAACAAUGUUUAUCUCUUUCAUAAGAUUGCUGUUUUACAUAGUCUUAGUGAAACGACACUCUAAUCAGCCUACUGCAUAUUAAAACUAAUAAUUACAAAGUUCUGAAAACUCUCACAGUUGUGCGUUCAUAUUUUGCUUGAAAUAAAGCACUGCCAAAGUCAAAAGUCAUUCACUGCCAGGAUGUCUUAUUUGGGUAAAAGAACAAAAUUUCUUGACCAUUUCAUGUCUGAGAUUGUUUUCAUACAAAAUACAGUAGCACCCCGAUUUUACAUUACCACUUUUUACGUUUUCCCAUUAUUAGCACCAUUUUAUUUCGGUCCCGUUAUAAUUCCCAUUGAUUACAACACAUAUACAAUGUACUUCCUGCAAUUUACGCUGUUUUUUCACGCUAUAACUACACAAAUUCAUUAUUCCUGUACAUCAUACAUAAGAAGACCACAAUUUCGCGUGAAAUUCCAAAUCCAAAAAUACUGCUGGGAACACUAGAGCUGUAGCUUCUGGAUUUAUUUAAUGUGCUCUUCCAUAAAAAAUAGUAUUUACAGGCUGCCACACUGGCCUAAGAAUAGAAGACUUUUAAAAAAAAAAUGUUAGCACAUGAUGGUAGCACUACAGUUUAUAGAAAUCCCAACUAUCCAUCAGUAACUUAUACAUACAGUUUUACAUAGUUUAUAUUUAUGGUAUUCAUCUUUGUCAACAUCCAUUAAAAAUAAUGUGGUUAAUCACAAAUUUAAAUGUCAAUAAGCAUAAAAUGUUGUCUUUUACUGUGAGUAAUUAAAAUAAUUUUUAUCUGUAUGUAUUUUAUUAAAAUGGCAGCUUGCAAAAGAGCGUGGAUGAGCACAAAGGUACUCAUGUCUCACUCUCCGAGAGGCGAGGCGUGCCAAUUUCAACUCUGAACACAAUUGUGAGGGAGAACCAAAUCAUUGAAGCAAAUACAGCUCAGUGUGGUGAUAAAGUUACUAUACGUUGCAUAUGUGCAAGCACGGCUCCAGAGGGGUGCGGUGGGGGUCAUAGACCUCCCGAGCCUGAAUUUUACUUAUCUUCUUUUGAAGAAUAUAUUUGUGUUUACUAAUAACCAAGUUCAUGUGUCAAGGAUUUCCCUUAAAAGUUGUACGAAACUACUAAUUGAUUCCAUAAAUUUGUGAAUAUUCCAAAGACCAAUAUCUGACUUGUCUAACAUAAUAUUUUGUUUGCAAUUACAUCCUUUCUUUGUACGAUAGUCCCUCCCGAAAUAUCUUUCUCGAGCCACCCCUGACACAUACUGUAAAUUAUUCUAUUUACACACUUAUUAAUAAUGUGUAUAUCUUAGUAUGACAUGUUAAGGUCGUAUAAUAUCACUGUUCUCUGGGCAAAAAAAAAAAAAAACUUUAUGCAUUUUAUAAUAUUUUCAGACACCCCCUUGAAUAGUGUACAAACAAAAGGUCUACUUGUCUAUAAGGAAGUCAGGUACAAAACUGUACUUUAAUUAAAACACAAUGUCAGUGUUGAAACCAAGUCCUCUUCAGGCUGAAAAAAUUUAAAUGAUGCUAUCCUAGAUACAAUUUUUUAUUUGUUGCAAAAUUGUGGACAUAACAACAAUUGGACUUCAUUGAUGUGUAGUACAUAAUUUAAUGAAAUAUCUGCAACAAAUAGUUUCCCCAGAAAUCAUUGGGGGCAAAGAAUUUAACUGGUGUCUGGGAAUGACCAAUUAUAGAAAAUAUUCAAUUAUUGGAAAAUAAUUUUUGGAACCUAAAACCUGCUCAAUUGAAAGAUAUAUCUAGUAUAUAUUGGUGUUAAAAAAUUAAUCAAAAUAAUUUAACCAAAAGCAGUAAAUUUUAAUAAUAAAAAAAAUUAAAAUUUUUUGGCAAGAAGGAAAAGAAUUAUGCAAGUUUGAAUAACUAAAUGCUACUGAUCUUAUGUGACAGGCCAUCUUUUGCAACAACACUUAACAUCACUGUUUUUAAAACUAUUUUUUCACUUAUUAUGCAACCAACACAGAUUCUAUUCUUUCUCUCUAUUUCUCCUGGAUCAGAUCUAAAUUAGAUUAUGGAUCAAUAGUCUGGAAUAACAUCUCAAUAUCUGAUUUAAAAACAAUUAUUGAACAUAUCAAAAUUAAGAAACUUUCGUAUCCUACCUUGAUCUUCCUGACCACCGUACUUACCUUGAUGCUCUAUUUGUAUUUAAUUAUUACAAUUCUAAAACCAACUGCCAAUAUUUUAUAGAAAACACCAGUUUGAGUAUACUACUGUUCCACAGUCGGUUACAUUCUACUUUAUGUACUCUUCUUUUUAUAAUAAUAAAAAAAACUACACACAAUUUUAUUUAUAGACUUAUCAGCAACUUCAACACACUUGAUCUCAAAUACUUUGUAUAAAUUUAUUAUAUUAUUCCUUAAAGUUAGACUGUUUAGUUAUUAGUUUUUACAAUUUCCAAUUUUAAUUUUGUAUUUAUUUUGUGGAUCAUGUUAAAUCUUAUAUUCUGUCUGUUAUUUUAAUAUUUUAUAUGUUUAUAUUAUAAUUCAAUUCAUGUCACUUUGUGUCUGUUGGUUCGUGAUUGUUGAGUUGUUAUCAUCACUGCUGAUGUGUGGUUCCCCCGUCCUUGUGUUGGGCAAGUGCGUCUGGCCUGCCUGAAGGGGUGUCAGCGGGGGUGGGAACCUUGUAUCUGUCCAUGUGUGUUGGUGGGCAUGUUACAAUAAAAAAAAUUAACUGACUA